UGCUUUCAAAAUCCAUACUAUAACCCUAUCAUAUUAAAUUUAUAUUAUCUAUACUUGUUUUGUCUCCCUUGUUUUCUCCUAUGAUAACUAAAAAAAUGAAAACCCAAAUUCAUUUUCACACCCUACCACUAAUUGUUUUCACCCUAUCUCUCUUUUUGGGCCAAUGUAUAUCUGACCCUGACCCACUUCAAGAUUAUUGCAUUGCAGAUAACAAAAGCACUUUUUUCAUAAAUGGAUUACCAUGCAUUGAUCCAAAACAAGCUUCUUCAUCUCAUUUUGUAACAUCAUCAUUAUCAAAGCCAGGUAACACAACAAACAUGUUUGGUUUUAGUGUUACACCAACAAACACAAUUAACCUACCUGGGCUUAACACAUUGGGCCUAGUUUUAGUUCGUAUUGAUAUAGCUGGUAAUGGAAUUGUGCCACCACAUUCACACCCACGGGCCUCAGAAGUUACCACAUGUUUAAAAGGGCUUUUACUUGUGGGCUUUAUUGAUACAUCAAAUCGGGCUUUUACUCAAAAUUUAAGCCCAGGUGAAUCAUUUGUUUUUCCAAAAGGUCUUGUGCAUUUUUUGUAUAAUCGUGAUUCUAAGGAACCAGCUAUUGCAAUUUCUGGACUUAAUAGUCAAAAUCCAGGUGCACAAAUUUCAUCAAUUGCUAACUUUGUUAGUAAGCCUUCAAUUCCUGAUGAAAUUCUAAAGAAGGCUUUUCAAAUUAGUGGUCAAGAAGUUGAAAUUAUUAGGAAGAAACUUGGUGGUUGAUUUGGCUGCUGGUGGAAGGUUUUCAA